GUGUGGGACGUGUCCAGCCAGGAGUGUGUGCUGGAGCUGUACCAAAAAAGUGUGACCAAGGAGGCCUGGCCCGUGCUGCAGUGGGCCGCGGGCGACGCCGGCUGCUGGCACGCGGUGACCAACACCGUGCACUUCUAUGGCAGCGCGGACGGCUUCAAGAGGG